GAAGAAGAAGAAGAAGAAGAAGAAGAAGAAGAUUCACUCAAAAAAAUGUCCCGAUUCAAAAGGACAGGUAAAGUGGACAGCCUGUGUGGUUUUCGAGCCACGAAGUUGGAAGUAACUAUUCCUUACGGGCUGCUAAAGGCAGCCAGGAAAAGCGGGCAGCUCAACCUGUCCGGGCGAGGCUUGUCAGAAGUCCCUCAGAAUGUAUAUCGGCUUAACAUUGAUGAACCAGCAGAAGCCCAGGAGAAUGUGUCUUUUAGAGGAUCAGAUCGCUGGUGGGAACAGACAGACCUCACCAAACUUCUGCUGUCUUCUAAUCAACUAAAACUGCUAUCCGAUGACAUCAAACUCUUACCUGCACUUACUAUACUGGAUCUCCAUGACAACCAGCUGACCACUUUGCCAAGUGCACUUGAAGAGCUACAGGAGCUUCAGCAACUGCGACUAAGUCAUAAUAAGUUGUCAUCACUGCCAGCAGAGGUGUGUGCUCUAAAGAACCUUCGUUCCCUCACACUGCAGCAGAAUCUUCUGGAAAAUCUGCCAGAGGAAUUAGGACAGCUGAGAAACCUGACAGAACUGGAUCUGUCCAACAACUCUCUGGAGCAUUUGCCUUCCAGUGUUGGAAACCUCAGCGCUCUGCAGAAAGUCAUCCUUGGUCACAACAAGCUUACCUGUCUUCCUGACAGCAUGGGCCAGCUAACAAAUGUUAGGCUCCUGGACUGCAGCAAUAAUCAGCUGACUGAUGUGCCUGUUAGCCUGUCAGGGAUGCUUUCUCUGGAGCAGCUUUAUAUCCGACACAACAAGCUCUGCCGACUGCCACAGCUGUUUUCACCAGCACUUAAGGAAUUGUUUGCUGGGAACAACCAGAUUGAGUUGUUGGAGAGGGAGCAGCUAGCCUGUCUGACAGCUUUAUCUCUUCUAGAACUGAGAGAUAACAGAAUCAGAAACCUUCCUGAACAAAUCACUUUGCUGCUCACUCUGACAAGGCUUGACCUCACAAACAAUGACAUCAGCACUCUUCCAGCCUCUUUGAGCCUGCUGCCCAACCUGAAGGUGUUGCUGUUGGAGGGAAACCCUCUCCGCGGAAUAAAGAGGGAACUUCUGGCUAAAGGAACCGAUGAUCUUCUGAAAUAUCUAAGAGGAAGAAUUCAAGAAGAGCCUGAGAGAGCUGAUCAAAGACCAACUGCUAUGACUUUACCAUCUGAAGUUUAUGUCGAUAUACAUAAGCUCAAAACUCUGAAGACAUUGGAGUACAGCAACAAGCAGGCAGACAGCAUUCCAGACGAGCUGUUUGAGGCUGCAACACAUCAACCUAUAAUCACAGUUAACUUCAGCAGGAACCAGCUGACGUCUUUACCUGCCCGACUGCUGGAGUUCCAGUCCUCACUGUUGGAUUUAAACCUAGGGUUCAACAGACUGUCCCACUGUUCUCCUGACAUCAGCACCUUACAACAGCUCACACACAUUGACCUCAGGAACAACCAACUGACUGAUUUACCAUCUGAAAUUAAGACACUAUCUAAACUGCAAUCCAUUGUACUGAACUACAACAGAUUUCGCUCCUUCCCUGAAGCUCUGUAUCAGAUCCCAACUUUGGACACGGUGAUGCUUGGAAAUAACCAGGUGUGCAGGGUAGAUCCCAGUUGUCUUAUUAAGUUGUCGAAUCUGUCCACACUGGAUCUGUCAAACAAUGACCUGUUGAACAUUCCUCCUGAAAUGGGUUUGUGUACCAGUCUCAGAUGCCUGAGUUUGGAAGGGAAUCCUUUCCGCACACCCAGAGCCGCCAUUGUGGCCAAAGGAACUGAUGCGGUGUUGGAGUACCUACGCAGCCGCAUACCUACAUGAGGUGUGAAUUUACCGGAAAGUACAAAAAGGACCAAAAUUUAUGCUUUUUUUUUUUUUUCAUUGAUUACAUUUAAUGCCUUAGUUUGAUGUUAAAAAUGUAGUUAUUUUUUAAAAGGAAAAUGUCCAACAUCUUCUAAGACGUGAUUCAGGAACAUAAAGAAUUCUCCAUUUUAUUGUUUUGUCUUGCCAUUUGUUAUUUUGGAAAAAAAAAUUAAUUUGAGCUCUGUUUUCAACCAGUCAUCACAAUAAAGCCAGACCUUUAUUGGUUGUUGUUUUAUUUGA